CUGUUGAUUGAUACCUACUGACUCGGUGUUAGCGUUCACUGUCUUGGCUGCCGAGGCAUGGUACUUAUGGGUACAAGCAAAACUUCUUGUGCCAAAGACGCUUGGAACACCAGACAGGCACCAUCAAUCCCCAGCAGGAACGACUUUACCACGGCAAUCUCAUCGACACGUCAUCAUAUCAGCACCAAACCGAAACAACCCACCUAAAACACCCAACCAUGGCCACCCACCGCAAAAACCUCCACAAUACCUACACCUUUCCAACUUCGCCUUACCUAAAACCCAUCCUGAUUAGCGCCCUCGUCAUGGCCCUCUCUUCGCGGCAUGAAGUCAUCUCCCCCGGCUCGCCCUUGUACGACCACGUCCUCUCGCGGUCCGCCGACGCGCUGAAAGCCGCAACCUGGCUCCAGAACGGAGUGUUUUACGUGUUGUUUGGCGCGCACGCAGUGGAGACGGCGAUGUUUGCGAAGAGGUUGGGUGAGCAUGGGGUAGAUGUGUUUAGUGCGGCGUGGGUCAAGUGGAUGGUAACCUGUUAUGCCGGGGGGAUGUUUUGUUAUAAGCAUUUUGACCGGGUGGCGGGGAGGAUGUAGGGAGGGUGGGUUGUUCGGACGGUGCGAUGUGUGAGAAUAAAAAUCAAGAAUUGCAGCAUGAUAGAAUAUAUGUCAAAAUUAGAG